AUGGAGGGUGAAUCCAUGACUCGUGUAAAUUCUUCCUUGGUGAAACAAUCGUCGUCGUCCUCCAAGCCCUCUUUUGAUUCCAUUAGUAUUUUGGUUGUGGAUGAUGAUACUACUUGUCUCACCAUAGUAGCUGCAAUUCUCAAGAAAUUCAAAUAUCAAGUCAAGCACCCAAACGAUGCCUUAGCUGCUCUUCGAAACAAGAGUUUCACCUUCGAUCUUGUCGUCGCCGAUGUUCACAUGCCUGAUAUGAAUGGUUUUCAACUACAAGAAAUCAUAGCCAAAGAGUUCAAUCUGCCUGUUGUGUUGAUGUCCGCUGACGACAAGGAGCACAUAGCAAAAAAAGGGCUCGAAGGAGGGGCAGCCUUCUUCAUCCUCAAACCUGUCAUGGCUGACGAUCUCCGGGACUUGUGGCAGUUCGCGACGAGGAAGAAGAAUCAAAAUGGCAAAAGACCGGUCGAGGAGACUUCGAAUAAUCCUCCUCAUAUUAAGGACCCAAAAACAACUAUUGAUAAAACAUCUGCUAAUAACAACAAUGGUGCAUCAAGUAGCGGUCAUGAUCAACAAAAUUUGUCUUGGAAGGACGCGAAGAGGAAGUCGCCGAAAAAAGAUUCCGUAGAUCCAAACAAGAAAGGGGAGAGUUCUCGGAGUUGUUCUCUUCAGAAAAAGCCUAAAGUCAUUUGGACUACUACUCUUCACAAUAGAUUCUUGGAUGCCAUUAGAAUCAUUGGACUUGAAAGAGCUGUUCCAAAGAAGAUUUUAGAACUCAUGAAUAUUUCAGGGAUCACUAGGGAACAUGUAGCAAGCCACCUACAGAAAUAUAGGAUUUUCCUCAGGCGUGUGUCGGAUGCGAGCUGCCAAAUUCAAUACCCCCUCGACAAGGCUGGCGACAUUGGCGCUCUCGCCGGUGCCGGCAUUACUCCAUCCUUUGACUUCACAAAGUCAUUCCCUCGCCAAACCCUAGCGUUGGACCCUCAUCCAGGGGCAUCGCCGUUGUUUCCAGGUCCGGUUCUGCCCUCAUCGUCCAACAUCCAGUUGGGGUUCGGACAGUCUCGGCUACUCCUCGGUGGUAAUAACAAUAAAGGGAACAAUAGGCUCAUCAGGCCAAGCACUGGAAACCCUAACCCGAUCAAUCAGACUCAUUUCCAGGGUUUUCAUAACAGUUUUCAGCCUAGUGGAUCUAGUCUGCCAGGCCUGGAAGAUUCCAAUUUAGCCCUGGAAGGUUUCUCCACCAGGCCCCUGUCGCCUGCCUAUCUCAAUACCUCAUUUCUGAGCUCUCCCAUGGCCGCCAAUCCUAACCCUAGCUUUGGAAUCCCAUCCAGAAUUGGGACAUUCGAUGGCAACGUUGGUAAUUACUCCUCAAACUAUGUCGGAUACAGCCUGUCGGGAAUCCAACAGUUGUAUGAGUCAGGAAAAACAGGGCAAGACUUCAAAUUCAAUGAGAGCAACAACCUCGACUUGGCAGGCUGUUCUAGCUCCUCCUCAUUCAUGGCUAAUCGAAAUGGCGGUGGAGAAUUGCUGUCUGAUGGUAUUGCCAAUUACCAAACUCCGGCGCCUUCCGCUGGCAGCACUGUGCCAAUGAAUCAAGGCCUUAGGACACAGGCUUAUCCGUUCGAUCUGUCUGAAGUCGAUAACCUUACCAAUCAACAGUCGAGCACUUUUUUCGACAACAGCUACACAGUGCAGCAGAAUUUUCAAAAUCAACUAGAGCCGCAGCAAGGACAAAGCAGCCAAAGCACGGUUGAUUUUCAAGCAUUCGACGGGCCUUCUACACUCAAUGAACAAGCCAUCUCUACACAAGCACUUCAGGCAAACAACAAUGUCCCCAACAACUCCAUGGAAUUCUCCUCUAUGUCUCAUCACCUCAAUCAAACCCUUCUUAUGAAUCUUCCACCUGAGCACGAAGAGGACGAGUUUCUGCAAUCCCUGUUUGCGCCAUUUGGUGAGGAUCAAAACAACUUGGAUGGGCUUUGA